GUUAACAUAAACACAUUCAAACAGUUUGAAAAAUGGAUAGUGUUUCGAAACCUUUGGAAGUUCCUGAAGAAUUUCCAUUCCCCUUUGCUCCAUAUGACAUUCAGUUGGAGUUUAUGCAAAAGUUGUACAAAGUGCUGGAUCAAGGACAAUUGGGAAUCUUUGAAAGCCCCACUGGAACAGGAAAAUCUCUAAGUAUAAUUUGCGGUGCAAUAAAAUGGCUCAAAGACUUCAACAAUAACUCGAAACAAACACUGUCCGCUCAUAUUGAGGCGUUGGAGCAGGAAAAGCAAAAUUAUGCCAGUGAGGAAAAGGACUGGUUCAACGCCCAGUCUAAAGGCAUUGAAAUAACCAGAAUAUUAAAUGGUCUGAAGAUUGAGCAAAAGCAGCAAAUCGACUACGAGCAAAAAAUUGAAAAAAUCAGGAACGAAAACAGCAAGAAAAAAACCAAAUUCUUCAAAAAAUCUAACAAAGAAACACCAGCCAUUCCGGAGGAAGCAAAUCAAGACAAUGCAGAAAUUGAAGACGAAGACAUUCUGCUGAAUGAAGACACGCCAGUAGAAAACGAUGAAGAUGAUGAAGACUCAGAUGUAAAUGCGACCUUUCAGCCCACACAGAUUAUAAUAGCCAGUCGCACCCAUUCACAACUAUCCCAGUUUAUUGGCGAAAUAAAAAAAUCAACAUUUCAAGACGAUAUUCGGGUGGUCUCACUAGCCUCCAGGCAAAACUACUGCAUUAACCCAACCGUUAAAAAGUUAAACAGUAUGCCGCUGAUAAACGAAAAGUGUUUGGAUAUGCAAAAAAAGGGCCAAACAAAAUCAAAAGACUGCGAUGGAAAGGUGUUGAAGAGGCAAAAGAAUUCAAAUUGCCAAUGUCCGUAUUACAAACAAUCCAAUAUAGAAGAUCUACGGGAUUUUGCACUCAAUCAAGUGCACGACAUUGAAGACUUGGUGCAAGUGGGCAAAGAGAUCAACGCCUGCCCUUACUAUGCGAGCCGCAAGGCUGCUGAGGAUGCUGAAGUGAUUUUCGUACCUUAUAACACUUUACUACAUAAAUCCACCAGAGAAGCCAACGGGGUUAAGCUAAAAAACAACAUAGUCAUCAUUGAUGAAGCUCAUAAUCUACUGGAAGCUUUGGCUCAAAUGCACGGAUCAGAACUAACUUAUCCUCAGCUCUACUAUUCCUAUCACAGCCUCAGAUGCUACAAAGAAAGAUACAACAUGAUGUUUUCCACAGUAACUUUGCGGUCUUUAAAUCAGCUAAUCUUCGUGGUAAAAAAGUUAACGGCGUUAUUUGAAACGGACUUUAAGGACGAAUCAACCAACAUUUCCACUCUGCAGAGUUUUGUGUUGGCCGCAGGCAUCGACCAAUAUAAUUUUUUCAACUUGAUAAAAUUCUGCAAAGCUUCAAGACUUCCCCAGAAGGUGAGAUCAUAUUCAUUAAAAUAUCCCACUAGCGAGGAGCAAAUAAAAAAAGAGCCGCCGAAAAAGGGUGUAAGGGACUUCCUGGCCUCUAUAGGAAAUAAGAAACCUGUGGAACAAAAACCGGUGGAAGCCCCAAAAUUUACAGUUCCAAUCAACCCCCUUUUAGCGGUGAUUUCCUUCUUAGAGUCGCUAAUGUACAGUUACGAUGAUGGCCGGAUUUUGAUAACAAACAGCCCCGACAAGCAGAACUGCAAACUGCAAUUUCUACUGUUAAAUCCUGCGGGAAGUUUUAGUGACAUAGUCAAAGACGCCCGAUCUGUGGUUGUGGCUGGUGGAACCAUGAAACCCAACGCGGAAUUUCGUGAUAGAUUAUUUAUCGGCGCUGGUGCCUCAGCAGCGAGGAUUGUUGAAUUUUCAUGCGACCACAUUAUUCCACCUGAAAAUAUCCUGCCCAUUGCCGUCACUAAAGGUCUCAACAACGAAAAAUUGCUCUUCAAUUUCACUAACAGAAUGUCAAUGGGCAAUUGCUUGAAAGAUAUCCUGAAACGUGCGUGUGAAACCGUUAAAGGUGGGAUCGUGGUCUUUUUCCCUUCGUACAACUACGAAAACUGGUUUUUCGAGCACGUGAAAGCCCUGGAUUUUGGAAGAACGCUAUUUCGGGAACCGCAGAAAGCUGCAUCAGUGGAUGAAGUAUUAGAGAAAUACGGCGCAACGAUUCGAAAGUCGAAAAUUGGCGCUAUUUUGUUUAGUGUAGUUGGUGGCAAGCUCAGUGAAGGCCUAAAUUUCAGCGACGAUCUAGGCAGAUGUGUAAUUGUUGUGGGCUUGCCUUACGCCAAUAUCACCUCUCCAGACUUGAAGGAAAAAAUGGCCUUUCUGGAUAAAAAAGAGGGCCACGGAAUGGGUCAGCAAUUUUAUGAAAACUUAUGCAUGAAAGCGGUGAACCAAUGCAUUGGAAGGGCAGUCAGACAUAGAAACGAUUACGCAACUGUGCUUUUGCUGGAUGAACGGUAUGGACGACCAAACACUCACAGGGCCCUGCCAGACUGGAUCAAAAGGUCUCUGCAGGUGCGGGGAGGCAGUGAAGCUUUUGAUCUAAUAAUUCAGUUCUUCAAAGGAAAAGAAAACAUUCAAGUCUGAGAAAGUUUAUUGGUUUGAAUCUUCCUGGUUGGGCAUUAUUUCUAUGCGUUUUCGCUUGGAGUAGUGCUUAAUUUUGUGUUCCAAACUCUCUAAAAUGUAUUUUUAUUUGUGUUUGGCUAGGUUUCAUUACAAAACAAUUUCCUUACCACA